AUGAAGUCUAUCGCCAGGAUCAUUUUCAUUGCCGCUACUAUUGCCAGCUCCCCCUUGGUGGCUGCCAACGAUGUUACUCUGUCACAAGACAACAACGUUGUUGCUCGUGCACUUGGAGACGAUCCAAAGCCAAAACCACACCCACACCCAAGCGGCGGUGGCGGCGGCUCUGGAGGUUCUAGUGGAUCAUCUGGAAGCUCAGGCUCCUCUGGUGGUUCAUCGGGAGGCGGUUCAUCGGGGGGCUCCUCUGGUGGUGGCUCUUCUGGUGGUAGUAGCAUUUCAGCAGCAGUUGGACCUGCUGGAGGGGGUGCUGGUGGUGCAUCUGGCGGGAUUGGCCUCGCCGUCGGUGCUGCUAUCGCUGCAGGAGCCGCCAUUGCCGCUGCCAACAGACGCAAGCGCACGGUCGAAACAGAUGACCACCCAUUGAAGGGAUCCUUGAACAAGCGUAUCAACCUUUUCAGCAACUUGGCAGCGCACUCUGCAGCGCCAGAUGCUAGACCGCCACGAAGAACUGGAGACGAAGGCGACUAUGUCAAUGCCGACACUAUUGUGUAA